AUGGCUCCCAAAAAUCUCACUGAGGUAGACAUCCAGGUCAAGGAAUGUCGUAACUAUGGCACGCGCAUGGCGCGCGGACGUGAACCCUUGAUCUCUUCGUGGUGUUUUAUAGUCAAACCUCACGAGCUUUUUGUGUUUGAGAGCAUAUGGGAAGCAGGGCUACCCGCAGUUGUCACAGGCAUCAAGUUCUCGAAGAUAUGGUCACUCGAUGAACUGACCAAGGCCUAUGGCAAAGAGGAGCUGAACGUCAUCGAGGUCGACAAGGAGGGUGGAGAGUCCGAAGUAAGGAGGAGCCUGGAGGAGUUUCUUCACCUCCUCUUCUCGUCGGAUAGCUAUUUUGCCAGAGCCAGGGAUAUCCCAGUAGCUGAAGACUUUCAUGCGGUUUUCAAAGAAGUUAGCAAGGAUUUUGAUUCUUCACUGCCGUACAGGAGCAUCACAUCCUUCCAUGGGCUUCAAAACUUGGCUGCGCACUGGCUGAAGCUCCUGCGAGAAGAGGAAAUGCUACACAAUGGGUGGCGGCGCCCAGAUAUUGGAUCGAAAGGAUACGCAGCCAGCCGCGACCACCAUCAUACAGGUUCCACAAAGCUGCAUAAAGAUAUGUGUGCUGCAGUGAACCUGAUGCUACUCUGCUCUCCAGAUCCUCAGACAAAUGAUCAAGGGGCAGUAUGGCACAUUUUCAUGGCCUCAGAUUCUGAGACAGUCUCGCAGUAUCUUCACGAGAAAAACCCUGGUAGCAAUCAACAUCUGGACCCCGCACACAGCUGUAGAUUGUUCCUCACUGACAGCAUGCUAGCGGAGCUCUAUAAGCAACAUCAAGUCAGGCCCUUCCGGGUUGUGCAAAGGACGGGCGACGCUGUCAUCAUACCUCCGGGGUGCUUACAUCAAGUAUCAAACUUGGGCCCAUGCGUAAAGGUUGCGAUGGAUUUCUUGGGCAUCGAAGGUUUGGACCAGACACUGCAGGUGAACAGAGAAUUCCGUCGUGAAGGGAUCAAUAGCUCCCUGCAGCCGAUGGCUAUGCUUUGGUAUGCAUGGCAGUCACUUUCCAACCUCCGAGCGAUGCAGUUGCAGAAGGAGUCCAGUAGUGAUACAAAGAAACGGCCCGCGUCCACCAACAGGGAGAGCAGCAGCCAGCCCAAACAGAAGAGGCUCAAGGCUGAACAGACAAAUGAUUUGUCCGCCUCUAUGUAUCUCUGCCCUCACGAAGACUGCGCUGUGAAGCAGAAGAAGUGGGAAAUCCAGAAAUUGUAUGAUCAUCUGCGUGGGAAGCACAAGACGAUCAUACCAGCUCAAGCCCUGUUGUCGAUUCUGAAACAGCCUCGUACCGGCUGGGCGAGAGCAGUUGAGGCUUACCCUAAGUCCCCGAAUUGA